AUGGAAGGAACGAAAGCCUGUGGCUUGUCUGAAAGUUUGUUCGUUCAGUGGCGGCCAUGGCCAGGGGGCCGGGACGUGGGGUCGGAAGCAAAGAAAAAAAAACGAUCCGUUGUGGCUGAGGUUGAAGCGGAGUGGAACUUUAUUUUUUUUGCGUCCGAGUGGAACGUGCGGUCGGGGUGGCGAGAUGAUGAUGAUGAUGGUGCGGGUGGCGAGACUUUGUUCGAGUCGGAUGUUCUCAAUCGAAUGAGGUCCUCGGGAGAUGAACACACGUCAUACAUGGCCGUAAAAAAGAUCAAUGUCGUUGCAUACGCAUACCCACGGCAAAGCAAAGCACUGAAUGGCUCAAAGACGAACCGAGCGAGGGCAAAGGGUUACCAUAAUCAUCCUGGGCUCCCCGUCCCUGCAUCCAGUUCACCUCCAGCCACUCAGUUGCACUCAAGGUCCAAGGACAAGGUAAAUAUGUAUGGAGACGGGAGAGUCCGAACGAAGGAGAAGGAGGAGAAGAGGUUUCGUAAGGAUGAAGCUCGAAAUGAAAAGAGAGUGCAGGCUGUUACUGUUUGGACUUGGGAAAGGAAGGCAGGGAUGGAUGGUGUUGUACGUACCCGAGGUCAGGCUGGUCUAUGGAGCCCUCUGACGCCAGGACGACAGAAAGACAAGAUAGAACGCCGUAGCGAGGGAUGCUUAGACGCGAGAGAGAGAGAGAGAGAGCGCAAAACAAGCGUCAUCGGGCGUAAAAAGCGUGCGCCCAUAGUAGACGUUCAUGUGCGAAUGAACCAGUCCAGUCGUACGUAUCUCUUGACCAAAAAGCAGCUCGGAUAUGAAACGUUCAAUUCAUCAGACGAGAGAAAUGACACGGAGAUAUGGGCGGCUAAGUUAGGACAUUCGGUUCAUUCGGUGGCGUCUGAAGAAGAGCAGUGGGAAGACGGGAGGCACAUUGGGAAGGGGGGAGAGGACAGCGGAAAGAAGGAAGAGAUGGGUUUCGAGUGCGGAAAUCUAUCCCGAGUGACGAGUGUGGAUGAUAAGUCCCGGGAUGUAUAUCUCGGAUCUGAGUGGGCCUGCAACCACGGGCUUCUAGCUGGAACUCGGAGUCGCGCACAGGACUCAAAUCAAAACAAGAGGCUGUGGGAUGCGAGGAGGAGAUGGGAGAACAUGAGGCUUGGGGGCAGGAUUAGUGGAAAUGAAUUCGUUAUAGCAGCAUAUGUAUGUAUGUGGAAGGCUGAGGACAGGAAGAGCGAUAGGAUGCAGCGUGCUGGGUCGAGCGCCGGGGCAUCGUUGGCAGCAGCAGUUGCGGCGCGGAGGGAUCAGGAGACCGGCGCGAGGCACGCCUAA